AUGGUAACCAUGGUAAUACAACGGCCUAGAAUUGAGGCUGAUGGUCACGUGAUAUCACAAGAUGGCGAGUUCGUUAUGAAUACGGCGAUGUGGUGUGAGUACAAUGUGUUGGGCUCAACUAUAUUAGCUAUGAGCAUGCAUAUGCAACCGGAUAUAUUACAUCUUGACUUUAUCCUCAUUGUAGAUAAAUGCAUGUUUGCAUCUACGCCUGUUCCCAUUUGGAUUUGUUUAUUUUUGUCAUGAAGUCGACGGCACUACUAGUUGUGACUCACAGUGAGCAAACGCGUUAACGUUAUGUGGCUAACGCUAGCAAGCGAGCAAGCCUGGACUGACUGUUAUUGUACUAGAAGCGUUUUGAUACAGUUUUGAACAUGUUUCCUAGUUGCUGAAUAUUUUCUCGCUAACUAAUAUUUGUUCACUAUAUGUCCCUUAUCAGCUUUCUAACGGCGGUGGAAGUUGUCAGCUAUUUCGCAUCAGUUAACGCACCAAGAAUGGCUCUAAAUGUAUUUGGUAAGUUAACUAGCUAGCUAGCUAACUGUUCGCCUCUGCCAGUUUGAUACCUCGCUAGUUCCAAUACGACCUCAAACGUCAGCUUCCCAGUAAUGCAUGUGACAGAUAUGCAGAUGUUAUGCUAUAGAACUGUUGUCAGUGUUUGGCCAUCUAGCUACCUUUUUUGGCCUUGUCGGGAGGCCUGUAGAGUUCUUUCGCGUUGGAUGAAAACACCGUAUUUUGUGUCAUAGCAGAUUUGUAGAUACAAUGUUGGCUAACUAACAGUUUAGUCAUUAUCAACGUUCACGAAUUAUAGCCUUUUAGGCCAUGUUUAAACCCCUUGAUCACCAGAGGGCAUCACAAGAUGGUGAAUGACAAACUUUGUCAGCUUGUCUGUGAUGAUUGGCAAAGUUGCCUUUUCAAGAGGUGUAAUAGUAGAAACAAAAAACAUUGGCAAUUUAGCAACAAUGAUAGGGGGGAUGGUAUACAGUUUAGGGUUAGGCAUCGACAUGUCUGUCACUUUUGGUCCAUCUAGGAGAGGGAGAGAAAAUACGUAACAGUUAGGGGGCAGGAAAUGUGGUGCUUUUCAAGUUUAAGAUAGAGCUGAUAUCCAGGCUGUGGGGGAUGAGACGGGAAGCUCUGUGCUUCUGACAGAUAUCCAGUGUAUUCUGUCAGAACACACAUGCCAUAGUCCUUUCAGGAUGUGGGGUGUGGUUGAAAGCAGUCUGUAGUGCAGUAGCUAUUUGAAGGUCAGAACAUCCUUGUAGUAGCCUAAUUGAAAUAUUUGUAAGUAGUAGCUCUCUUAAAAGGUAUCCUACUAACCAUUUACACACAAUGGUGUCGACCCAAACUGCAUGUGCUACAGUAGUGGUACGGUUCAGUAUAGAACAGUGGUCAUUUGUUGUAAGGAUAUGUUGCUAUGAGCGGAGACAGAGCGACCAUACUAACGAUGGCGGACGUGUUAGAAGAGUUUAGUGUUCUGCCUCCUUUUUAUGUUUAUGCUUCCUACACUGCUACGUGGCUGAAGCAUGAAAGGAGAUCAUAACUGUCUCUUGAACUCUGCUCUACGAGUGAAAUGACUUAAAAAUAAUAAUAAAUGGUACAUUACUGCCGGUCCACCACCAACAUGGAUGGAUGUGCGAACUCCCUGGCCCAGAUACCACAUCUUGGGGCCAGCUGCACCUCUUGUUUUAGCGAGCUGAGCUGCGUAAUGUGAAAAGUAAAUUCCAAGCCCCCAUAAAACAGUUUGGCUUGGCACCAUAAUGUAUACAUUUUUAAUGUAUGCAUGCACUUACUUCUCAAGUACAAUAAGCCUAAGCUUAUCUUGGCCAGGUCGCAGUUGUAAAUGAGAACUUGUUCUCAACUGGCUUACCUGGUUAAAUAAAGGUAAAAAAAGAAAAAAAAAGAAGCUAAUAUCAAUGUUAGAUUUAUUGUGAAUUUGCAUAAAAUGCUAAUAGCCUACUGCAUUAGUUUGGUAUUGUUGAUUAGGCUAGUCUCAUAGUAACUUGCGUCUAGCCUAAAAUGAGUAGCCUAUAUUAUUCUCGAAGGCAAUUCAGAUGUGUUGACGGCCCGCUAGUGUAAUACAUUUUUUUGUCAAAAUAUCUUGUCUGUUACUGAAUCUGUUUACUUGCUGUAGAUGUAGCAAAUCAAAUUAUGCAGGGUGGCUUAAUCAACACACUUUAAGUGUAGUGUGAUACAAUGACCACCUGGUUUCACUGUAAAUCAGGAAACAAAGAUUUUUGGUAGUCUGUCAAUGUUGAGGUUUAUUAAGACUUGAUAUUAUGUUCUUCUUUCCUCAGACCAUGAUGAAUACAGGCCGCCAGUGUGGAAAUCUUACCGUGAGUAUAAAUGUAUUCUAAUGAUGAAAAUAUUGUAUCAUGUAAUCAUGAUGUUUUACUGACUGUGUUCUGUUUUCGCACCAGUGUAUCAGCUCCAGCAGGAGGCACCACAUCCACGGCGACUGACCUGCACCUGUGAGGUAAGCAAACAGACACAGAAUAGAGACAACUUGGCCACUUAAAAGAAUGUCUGCAGAUAUUCAUAACAUAUUCUCAACCUUACUAUAAUAGAUUAUUAAACAAAAUGUGUCUGAUAUGACCAUUUUAUAUCAACUGAAAACAAUUUACUGCAACACUUGAUGAACUGUGACAAUAUAGGUCUACGCAGGACACAUUUCUUCAUUGUGCUCGUGCAGCUUUUUAUACCGCACCCACCACUUCCUCCUGUUUUUUUGUCUGACUCCCGCCUGCUCCUGCAAGAACUGGUCCCACCCAACAACAGCACUCCCAAAAUGUUAUUGGGAGCCCUGGUUCCAUCAAUUUUGCCACCCUAAGCAAUAUCAAAAUGCACAAAAACAGCCAGAAAAAUAGGUUAAAUUAUCAGAUAUUCUCACAUGGCCCGUUUUUUAUAUUAGACUAUCGCUAGGCUAUUAUUCGGCUACAUAUAAGCAAAUAGGCUAGAGGUAAUUUGAAAGAGAUCCAAAGUUAGAGCGAAAUAGAAUAUAGUGGGUAUUUGACUUGAGAUACGUUUUGCAUAAUUUUUAGGAGCGGGAUGAUUUUUCCGGCAGAGACAGAUAAAUGUGUUAUUUUCAGUCAAUGUAGUAAACUACACUCACCGGCCAGUUUACCAGGUACAUCCACCUAGUACUGGGUCAGAUCCCCGCCCCUUUGCCUCCAGAACAGCCUGAAUUCUUCGGAGCAUUCUACUAGUUGUCGGAAACAUUUCACAGAGAUGUUGGUCCAUGCUGACGCGAUGGCAUCACGCAGUUGCUGCAGAUUGGACGCCAGUACAUUCAUGCUGCGAACAACCUGUUCCAUCUCAAAGAUGCUGUAUUGGGUUGAGGUCUGGAGACUGCUCAGGCCACUCAAGUAAACUGAACUUGCUGUCAUGUUCCAGGCAAUGUUUUUCCACUCCUCAAUUGUCCAGUGUUGGUGAUCGCGUGCCCACUGGAGCUGCUUCUUCUUGUUUUUAGCUGAUAGGUGUGGAACCUGGUAUAGUCGUCUGCUGCAAUAGCCCAUCCAUUCUCCACACCAUUGUUGUACUGCGCCAUUAUUUGUCUGUUUGUGGCCCGCCUGUUAGCUUGCGUGAUUGUUGCCAUUCUCUCAUCAACAAGCUGUUUUCGCCCACAGGACUGCCACUGACUGGAUGUUUUUUGUUUGUCGCACCGUUCUCGGUAAACCCUAGAUCAGGGGUACUCAAGUACUAUUUGAGAAGGUCCGGUCACACACAUUUCCUAGGUUGCAAAGGUCCGGAUGGAUAAUGUGAUCUAUCGGCGUAGGAACAAACCCCCAUUUUACAACCCACGCCACCCCAAACUGUUCACACCACUCUUGCCCCUCUUGUUGACAGAGAUAAAAUGUAGCAAUUUUAAAGCUAGUUUCCCGCAAUUCUACACGGGGCAGAGAUUUUUUUGUGCUGUUUUUAAAGCUAAUUUCCUGCAAUUCUACCAUAUCUUGUGUGUGUUUAUAUGAUACCAGGGGUCGAAGCCCGGUCCGUAUUGACCCCGUUCUGGGUCCGGGUCCGCAGUUGAGUAUGGAGGCCCUAGAUAGACACUGUCAUGCUUGAAAAGCCCAGGAGGGCAGCAGUUUCUGAGAUACUGGAUGCCUGUCUGCCUGCUUUAUAUAGCAAGCCACGGCCACGUGACUCACUGUCUGUAGGAGCAAUCCAUUUUCGUGAACGGGGUGGUGUACCUAAUAAACUGGCUGGUGAGUGUAUUUACAUUUGUCAUUUAGCAUUUACAUUUUUGUCAUUUAGCAGACGCUCUUAUCCAGAGCGACUUACAGUUAGUGAAUACAUAUUUUUUUUUUUAUACUGGCCCCCCGUGGGAAUCGAACCCACAACCCUGGCGUUGCAAACACCAUGCUCUAUCAACUGAGCUACAUCCCUGCCAGCCAUUCCCUCCCCUACCCUGGAUGACGCUGGGCCAAUUGUGCGCCGCCCAUGAGUCUCCCGGUCGCGGCCGGCUGCGACAGAGCCUGGAUUCGAACCAGGAUCUCUAGUGGCACAGUUAGCACUGCGAUGUAGUGCCUUAGACCACUGCGCCACUCAGGAGACCUCUCUUAUCCAGAGCGACUUACAGUUUAUAGCUCAUAUUUAUGAAGUUUCGGAAUCCCAGAACUAAAAUCUUACAUAAUUGCAGCAGAUGCUCUGAAAUUUUCUAGGAGGAGAUUAGGGCUGGGCGUAUUUUAAGUUAUAUCGGUAUGGAUUCGCAUACCAGUAUAGAUUUUUACAAUACCGUCUAUAAUUGUAUUUUAAAGGUGCAAUAUGCAGAAAUCUCUCCACCAUUUGCUGGUUGCUAAAAUUCUAAUAGUUUGCCUAUUUUCAAUAUGUGUGACAAAACAAGCGGUCAUUGUGUAGACAAUCAUUGUACCAUCUAAACCGCUGUGAAAUACAGUAUAUUUUCCACAAACAAAAAUAUUGUGUUUUGAAGCUGGUGUACAAAACUGAAAGUAAAAGACACAAAAAUGAAACUUAAGAACGGAAGCAUAGAAAUAGUGCACAUUAAACAGAUCUACCGCUUCUUAGACUUGCUUUCAAUGAUAAUGAUAGAUCUAUAACUCACAUUUCUUUGUGAAUUUGUUUGGGUCGCCCAAAAAGUUACAUUGUAGCUUUAAGUGCUAAAUAAAUGAAAAGUUCUACAAAUGAUCUUACAUCACUGUCAGUUUUGUCCUAGUUUGGUUCAGUAUAAAACAAUAAAAAUGGAGAAAGCCCAUUAAAACCACUUUAUUUGUUGCCAUCCUACAGUCAUGCACUACUCAAAACAAUUUUAGAACUUUUAUUAUUCAGUCCACAAGAGAUUAGGAAGUUAAAGAGAAUUGACCUGUGCUUCUCCACCCAUACCUAUAGUCUAUUUAAUUGAGACCAUACACAGAGGCACACUUCAUCUCACACACCCAAUGUUGAGAGGAACUUGAAACAGCAAGAAGGAUGAGUGUGUGAAUAGUGCGACAGAAGCGCUUUUAAUUCAAUAGAUUGUUUUAAAAUAAUCUGCAGGACUAAACAAUAUUUAAUCCUGAUCUUGUCUUGACCACCGGCUCCCGCCCGCAGCAUUAAAUAUGCAGACCGCGCCACAAUGACCUCUAUGCAGCUCUUUACUGUACAACAGAUGUAGUACAAAACCCUAACUUCACAUUGCAUUUGGGACUUUUGAAUUUCAACCACAACACAAGCUGUUCCGCAGCAGUGACACUGUUCCGCAGGUGGUUCCCUGCCACCCUCUAGCAUAGAGAGCUCUGUAGGCUCCAUUAGACAGAGCACAUCAGCUCAUUCUGUCUCAUUUGCAGCACACCAUGCCUGCCCAUUUAUCAUCUGACCCCUACCACUCUCUACCUUCAGGGCUGACUGCUGAAAAGUGUCUGUUUCCUCUAAAACAGUGGUCACCAACCGGUCGAGCACGAUCCACUGGUCGAUCUCCAAGGCAUUCCUAGUCGAUCACCAAACAUUUCUGUAAAAAACCCAACGAUCAGGUCUUGCAUUCCAGUUUUUUAUUUAUUUGUUUUGCGCUGUUUGCGGUAGGUGCAAUUGAUUCAGUAGCCCUAGUGCCGGAAUGGCAAAGUGUUCCAUUUUUAACCAUUUCAUGUGUCUGAAAGUAGAACUCUGCCUACCUGACAGGCCCAGAGAGCAAAUCAAGUGCACCUAUAGGCCUACCGCUGGCCAAUCUGAUAGCUCAGAUGACCCUGUCAAGCCAGACUAUUAAAAGAAGCCUCAAUGCACAGCAAAGUUGAUGCUUUGAGAUUUAAAAACGUUUAAAACCAUGACUGGAGAGAGACUCAAAGAAUACAGCGACGAGCUCAUGUAUAAGUUGUUGCCAGAUCCAGUAAAAAAAAUAAGCAAAUUAUUAUGCUCACUUAGCUGUGGCUCACAAGUAGUACAACACAUGAUUUAUUACUGUGGUCUGAGAAUAACAACAUUGGCAGGGCAAUUCAAGCAUAGCCAAUAUGCCGUGAUAAUGUAUUGGGCCUAUAGCCUACUGCACAAACCGCAUUGCUACCGAACUGUUUUUAAUUGGUUAAUGUUAAAAAAAAGAAUCUGAGCGGUAGAUCUCGGCUUGCAUUUUGACUCAAAGUCAUCUUGACUCAGAAAAGGUGUGUGACCACUGCUCUUCAAAGAUGGGACAAAACCACAGAGGUGCUCUCAUUGUCUGUGCUUGUGAAGUGCUGAAUAAGUAACAGUAGCUGAGGUCUGUCUUUUGUGUCAGAAGCGGUGAUAAGCAGAAUUGGUUUCCUCUCUUAACCCACAGGGAAGUAAAGUUUUGUUGAAUACCUGCUUACGCUAGCUGUUGUACACAGAGAUGGAAUUACUCUCUUGAUGAGCCUACAUCUCUGUUCUUGUCACUUGGGUAUUGUCAUAGUUUUGAAGGAUUUCCAUACUUAGUGUGUUUCUCAAGGUAAAAAUGUGCCCUUCAAUUCACUAUUCAAAUAAGAAAAUGGCUUGUUAAAAAUAAAAUAAUGCGGUACAGAGCUCAAUUUGGCUCUAGCUCCGCAUUUUCUCAGGAUCAAGCAUAAAUUGGCUUUAAGUUCCACUUACACUAACACACACCGUUGUUUUCAGCUCUGUUUGUCUUGAAGACUUUGGCCUUUACUAUUAUUAGAAAAGGGAGCACAGAUGGGAUGAUUCUGAAUAAUUCAUUGCAUGUAUAUUAUUUGGAAUUGAAGGGGCUAAGUCACAGGCCAGUCUCUCAGUUACAGAAUUGUGCCAUGACCCUCUGUUGACAGUCUGAGGAGAUGGGGAGGCCAUUUGCAUGAAUUGUAUCUCAGAAGGCAGUUUUCUGGUGUUUGGAGUGGGGGUUAAUCAUAAAUAAUUCAGUCUGAACAGUAGCUUUAGAAUAUAAAGCUGAGAGAGCGUUGAUUUUAGGGGUUGCCAUUUUAUGUUUAGUCCACAAAUCUUUAGGCUAUUCCGUGGAGAUGAUGCCUUCUGCUGUCUGCUUUUUAACCUUAAUAAACCAAAAAUUCAUCAUAUUGGAUAAGGUUACAUAAGGAGAAAGCAGGCAAUUAAUAAGUAGAGCUUGGACAAUAAACCGAAAAUGAUUGACAUCAACCAUACUGAUCACUUAUCACAGGCAUUUUGUUUAUUACGAUAAGUAGCCUAUACUAGAGCAAUGUAAAGUUCGAAAUUAAAUACGUUUGCGAAUAUGGGUGAUUGUUAAUGGGACAAUUUAUGGUUACAAAUGGUAAUGUAUGUAUGUAUGUAUGUAAUAUAUAUACAGUGGGGAAAAAAGGAUUUAGUCAGCCACCAAUUGUGCAAGUUUUCCCACUUAAAAAGAUGAGAGAGGCCUGUAAUUUUUAUCAUAGGUACACGUCAACUAUGACAGACAAAAUGAGGAAAAAAAAUCCAGAAAAUCACAUUGUAGGAUUUUUAAUGAAUUUAUUUGCAAAUUAUGGUGGAAAAUAAGAAUUUGGUCAAUAACAAAAGUUUCUCAAUACUUUGUUAUAUACCCUUUGUUGGCAAUGACACAGGUCAAACAUUUUCUGUAAGUCUUCACAAGGUUUUCACACACUGUUGCUGGUAUUUUGGCCCAUUCCUCCAUGCAGAUCUCCUCUAGAGCAGUGAUGUUUUGGGGCUGUCGCUGGGCAACACAGACUUUCAACUCCCUCCAAAGAUUUUCUAUGGGGUUGAGAUCUGGAGACUGGCUAGGCCACUCCAGGACCUUGAAAUGCUUCUUACGAAGCCACUCCUUCGUUGCCCGGGCGGUGUGUUUGGGAUCAUUGUCAUGCUGAAAGACCCAGACACGUUUCAUCUUCAAUGCCCUUGCUGAUGGAAGGAGGUUUUCACUGAAAAUCUCACGAUACAUGGCCCAAUUCAUUCUUUCCUUUACACGGAUCAGUCGUCCUGGUCCCUUUGCAGAAAAACAGCCCCAAAGCAUGAUGUUUCCACCCCCAUGCUUCACAGUAGGUAUGGUGUUCUUUGAAUGCAACUCAGCAUUCUUUGUCCUCCAAACACGAUGAGUUGAGUUUUUACCAAAAAGUGAUAUUUUGGUUUCAUCUGACCAUAUGACAUUCUCCCAAUCCACUUCUGGAUCAUCCAAAUGCACUCUAGCAAACUUCAGACGGGCCUGGACAUGUACUGGCUUAAGCAGGGGGACACGACUGGCACUGCAGGAUUUGAGUCCCUGGCGGCGUAGUGUGUUACUGAUGGUAGGCUUUGUUACUUUGGUCCCAGCUCUCUGCAGGUCAUUCACUAGGUCCCCCUGUGUGGUUCUAGGACUUUUGCUCACCGUUCUUGUGAUCAUUUUGAUCCCACAGGGUGAGAUCUUGCGUGGAGUCCUAGAUCGAGGGAGAUUAUCAGUGGUCUUGUGUGUCUUCCAUUUCCUAAUAAUUGCUCCCACAGUUGAUUUCUUCAAACCAAGCUGCUUACCUAUUGCAGAUUCAGUCUUCCCAGCCUGGUGCAGGUCUACAAUGUUGUUUCUGGUGUCCUUUGACAGCUCUUUGGUCUUGGCCAUAGUGGAGUUUGGAGUGUGACUGUUUGAGGUUGUGGACAGGUGUCUUUUAUACUGAUAACAAGUUCAAACAGGUGCCAUUAAUACAGGUAACGAGUGGAGGACAGAGGAGCCUCUUAAAGAAGAAGUUACAGGUCUGUGAGAGCCAGACAUCUUGCUUGUUUGUAGGUGACCAAAUACUUAUUUUCCACCAUAAAUUCAUAAAAAAUCCUACAAUGUGAUUUUCUGGAUAUUUUUUUCUCAAUUUGUCUGUCAUAGUUGACGUGUACCUAUGAUGAAAAUUACAGGCCUCUCUCAUCUUUUUAAGUGGGAGAACUUGCACAAUUGGUGGCUGACUAAAUACUUUUUUUCCCCACUGUGUGUGUGUAUAUAUAUAUAUUACAUACACACACACACACACACACACACACACACACACACACACGCAGUACCAUUUGUAGCCAUAAAUUGUCCCAUGUCACCAUAUUAGCAAACUUAUUUAAUAUAGUACCAGUCAAAAGUUUGGACACACCUACUCAUUCAAGGGUUUUUCUUUAUUUUUACUACUUUCUACAUUGUCAAGUAAUAGUGAAGACAUCAGAACUAUGAAAAAACACAUGGAAUCAUGUAAUAACCAAAAAAAGUGUUAAACAAAUCAAAUAUAUAUUUUAAAUUUGAGAUUCUUCAAAGUAGCCACCGUUUGCCUUGAUGACAGCUUUGCACACUCUUGGCAUUUUCUCAACCAGCUUCAUGAGGUAGGAGUUCCCACCUAUGCUGAGCACUUGUUGGCUGCUUUUCCUUCACUCUGCGGUCCAACUAAUCCCAAACCAGUAGGUGUGUCCACAUUUCCAGUAGAUAUUUCUUGUAGGGUAGGCCUAGACAACUGCAAUGGAUUUUCUGUGAAGUUGACCACGAUGUUAGUGUUUGCAAGAUGUGUGUCCUGUCACAUUCCCAUAGAAACGGUUGAAACCCCUCAAACAGAUAUUUUUUUCACUUCAUAGCCAAUGGAAUAUCUAAAAGCAAAGGCUUGCACAAGUGUGAUAAGGGAUGCAAAAUGUGUUCUGUUCUAGCUGAAACACUGAGUAUUACAUUCCAGUUUGGCCAGAUGGACACCUGUGCCUGCUAGCAUUGUCUCUGACCAUGGUGCUUAUCCAGUGACCUUCCUCUGAAACACUAGAUGUUGGCAUUUUAUCCUAUUUAAGUUUGCUGUACACCUUCACAGUAAUAUAGUCGCGUAGCAUACGGUGGGUAAUUCUUUACUUUAUCCUCCAUGAUGUUGAAUAGUGCCCUACGGAAUGCAUCCCAGUGUUCUAGCUGAUGCAAGUAAAGUACUAUUGGAGUGACUUAGUUCUCCUCUGGUUGGCUAACCUUGACAAUCCGAAAAACUAGAUGUCUAUCUAUUUUUAUUGUUUUGCUUAUCAAUGGAAUAUUCUAUUUGCUUUCAGGUGGAUAACCGGCCCAAAUACUAUGGGAGAGAGUAAGUUUAGCUUAUUUCAAUUUAGAAUUUAUAUACAAAACUAGUCAUUGCUGUAGUUGUUUAUCCAGUCAGUAUCAGUAUUUUCAAUGUUCUGUCUUCUCCCCAGGUACCAUGGGAUGAUCUCCAGAGAGGAGGCUGACCAACUGCUGAGUGUGGCAGAGGGGAGUUACCUCAUCAGGGAGAGCCAGAGGCAGCCUGGGACCUACACACUGGCCCUACGGUUAGACACACACAAACACACCUUUUCCACAGAUAGACUUUCCAAACAGUGUGAUGCGUUACAUCUUUUGGUUAGUUUCAAUUAUUUUUAACACAUUUUUAUAGCUUUGUUAUUUAACCUCAAAAAGUCUAAGCCGUUUGGUGGGGGGGUUCUACUAAGCUAACAUAUGGAAUUGUUUUAAGAUAAUCAUACCAUGGAGCAUUUAGCUAUUUGAUUUGGAAUUGUUGGACCCCUUUAGGUACACUAUAUAUACAAAUGUAUGUGGACACCCCUUCAAAUUAGUGUAUUCGGCUAUUUCAGCCACACCUAUUGUUGACGGGUGUAUAAAAUCCAACACACAGCCAUGCAAUCUCCUUAGACAAACAUUGGCAGUAGAAUGGCCUUACUGAAGAGCUCAGUGACUUUUAAUGUGGCACCGUCAUAGGAUUCCACCGUUCCAACGAGUCAGUUCGCCAAAUUUCUGCCCUGCUAGAGCUGCCCCGGUAAUCUGUAAGUGCUGUUAUUGUGAAGUGGAAACGUCUAGGAGCAACAACGGCUCAGCCACGAAGUGGUAGGCCACACACGCUCACAGAAUGGGACCGGUGAGUGCUGAAGCGCGUAGCGCUUAAAAACCAUCUUUCUUCAGUUGCAACACUCACUACCGAGUUCCAAACUGCCUCUGGAAGCAACGUCAGCACAAGAACUGUUCGUCGGGAGCUUCAUGAAAUGGGCUUCCAUGGCCGAGCAACCCCACACAAGCCUAGGAUCACCAUGUGCAAUGCCAAGCGUAGGCUGGAGUGCUGUAAAGCUUGCCGCCAUUGGACUUUGGAGCAGUGGAAACACAUUCUCUGGAGUGAUGAAUCACGCUUCGACAUCUGGCAGUCUGAUGGACGAAUCUGUGUUUGGUGGAUGCCAGGAGAAUGCUACCCGAAUUCAUAGUGUCAACUGUAUAGUUUGGUGGUGGAGGAAUAAUGGUCUGGGGCUGUUUUUCAUGGUUUGGGCUAGGCCCCUUAGUUCCAUUGAAGGGAAAUCUUAACGCUACAGCAUACAAUGACAUUCUAGACGAUUCUGUGCUUCCAACUUUGUGAAAACAUUUUGGGGAAGGCCCUUUCCUGUUGCAACAUGACAAUGCCCCCGUGCACGAACCGAGGUCCAUACAGAAAUGGUUUGUCGAGAUCGGUGUGGAAGAACUUGACUGGCCUGCACAGAGCCCUGACCUCAAUCCCAUCGAACACCUUUGGGAUGAAUUGGAACUCCAGCUGCUAGCCAGGCCUAAUCGCCCAAAAUCAGUGUCCGACCUCACUAAUGCUGUUGUGGCUGAAUGGAAGCAAGCUCCCGCAGCAAUGUUCCAACAUCUAGUGGAAAGCAUUCCCAGAAGAGUGGAGGCUGUUAUAGCAGCAAAGGGGGGACCAACUCCAUAUUAAUACCCAUGAUUUUGGAAUGAGAUGUUCAACAGGCAUGUCCACAUACUUCUGGCCAUGUAGUGUAUUAAAAAAAAUAUUUAAAACAAUUAUUUGAUAAAAUAUUGAAUAGCCCAUAGAAAUGAAUUCAAUUUCGCAUUCAGUGACAAUGGCAAAAAAGACUGCUCAGACUGUUACUGGGCUCAUGUGAGUCUUGCACACAUACUCGUGCUCUGUCUCGCUCUUUCUCACACACCACCUACAUUUACAACCCAUAAACAGGAAAUUAAAACAACAUCAAACUCCAUAGAUGACUUUAAAGCGCUCCCACACAUUAACGUAAUGUUCUUAAUUUGGUCAUCAUUUUGGGAGGAAGAAUCUUUCAGUUUCUGUCCUUCACUGAUGUUAUGAAUCACCAGGAAAAUAAACAUUGAAUGAUGAUAUAGUGGAGUUUUCUAGUACAGAAUGCUCUAAAAAGUGUGUUCUUCUUCAUCUUGAAAGUUCAAAUGUAAUUCCAAUGAAGGAACAUGGGUUGUAUGAAUAGCAUGGAUAAGCUUCUCUCCGCUGUCAAGUGCUGUAUUGCUUAUGCAUUGAGGUCUGACUAAAUUGAAUUAUUUAUCCAGAUCACUUUCCUUCAAGCUGCUGUGACGGGAAUUUCGAUUUCUUGUAUUUGAGGUCAGCCAAGUUGUGCUUCAAGUGUCAAUCUGCCACUCUGCGCAUUGCUCCUCUUAUGUGUUUGCCUCUAUACCAUUUCUGCUCCGACUGUUCAGGUUCAGAUGAAGGAGUUUCAGCCACAAAAAACUUAGCCUAUAUUGUGCAAGUCAAACCUGGAAAAACCUGACAUGUUUCAGGCUGUCAUUGCUAACCUUUGUCUAGAAUGAAUGUUAGAGAAAUUGAGAUGAGUAUACAGUGGGGAAAAAAAGUAUUUAGUCAGCCACCAAUUGUGCAAGUUCUCCCACUUAAAAAGAUGAGAGAGGCCUGUAAUUUUCAUCAUAGGUACACGUCAACUAUGACAGACAAACUGAGAAAAAAAAAUCCAGAAAAUCACAUUGUAUGAUUUGUUAUGAAUUUAUUUGCAAAUUAUGGUGGAAAAUAAGUAUUUGGUCACCUACAAACAAGCAAGAUUUCUGGCUCUCACAGACCUGUAACUUCUUCUUUAAGAGGCUCCUCUGUCCUCCACUCGUUACCUGUAUUAAUGGCACCUGUUUGAACUUGUUAUCAGUAUAAAAAACACCUGUCCACAACCUCAAACAGUCACACUCCAAACUCCACUAUGGCCAAGACCAAAGAGCUGUCAAAGGACACCAGAAACAAAAUUGUAGACCUGCACCAGGCUGGGAAGACUGAAUCUGCAAUAGGUAAGCAGCUUGGUUUGAAGAAAUCAACUGUGGGAGCAAUUAUUAGGAAAUGGAAGACAUACAAGACCACUGAUAAUCUCCCUCGAUCUGGGGCUCUACGCAAGAUCUCACCCCGUGGGGUCAAAAUGAUCACAAGAACGGUGAGCAAAAAUCGCAGAACCACACGGGGGGACCUAGUGAAUGACCUGCAGAGAGCUGGGACCAAAGUAACAAAGCCUACCAUCAGUAACACACUAUACCGCCAGGGACUCAAAUCCUGCAGUGAAAGACGUGUCCCCCUGCUUAAGCCAGUACAUGUCCAGGCCCGUCUGAAGUUUGCUAGAGUGCAUUUGGAUGAUCCAGAAGAGGAUUGGGAGAAUGUCAUAUGGUCAGAUGAAACCAAAAUAUAACUUUUUUGGUAAAAACUCAACUCGUCGUGUUUGGAGGACAAAGAAUGCUGAGUUGCAUCCAAAGAACACCAUACCUACUGUGAAGCAUGGGGGUGGAAACAUCAUGCUUUGGGGCUGUUUUUCUGCAAAGGGACCAGGAUGACUGAUCCGUGUAAAGGAAAGAAUGAAUGGGGCCAUGUAUCGUGAGAUUUUGAGUGAAAACCUCCUUCCAUCAGCAAGGGCAUUGAAGAUGAAACGUGGCUGGGUCUUUCAGCAUGACAAUGAUCCCAAACACACCGCCCGGGCAACGAAGGAGUGGCUUCGUAAGAAGCAUUUCAAGGUCCUGGAGUGGCCUAGCCAGUCUCCAGAACUCAACCCCAUAGAAAAUCUUUGGAGGGAGUUGAAAGUCUGUGUUGCCCAGCGACAGCCCCAAAACAUCACUGCUCUAGAGGAGAUCUGCAUGGAGGAAUGGGCCAAAAUAACAGCAACAGUGUGUGAAAACCUUGUGAAGACUUACAGAAAACGUUUGACCUGUGUCAUUGCCAACAAAGGGUAUAUAACAAAGUAUUGAGAAACUUUUGUUAUUGACCAAAUACUUAUUUUCCACCAUAAUUUGCAAAUAAAUUCAUUAAAAAUCCUACAAUGUGAUUUUCUGGAUUUUUUUUUCUAAUUUUGUCUGUCGUAGUUGACGUGUACCUAUGAUGAAAAUUACAGGCCUCUCUCAUCUUUUUAAGUGGGAGAACUUGCACAAUUGGUGGCUGACUAAAUACUUUUUUUCCCCACUGUACCUUCCUCUGUCGCAGAUGUUAGCUUGGUAAAUAUAAUGCACAGUGUAUUCUCAGGUCUGGUCUCUGUCCUUGAAGCCAGUGAGAGUGCUGCCAAGUAUUUUUUGUUUUUUUCAUAAUCCCCCAGUCUGAGGCUUCUCCUCUGGGAUGACUGAGAUUCGGAGAUGGGGUAGUAGACCACGAGAGAGAUUGGGAAAGGUACGCCCCUCUCUGAAAAUACCUUUCUGUCCCAUAUCUCCUUUGGUCACGCUAAAGCAGAUCAGCAGAGGUGAUGAGUGUUUUCGGCUCUGAUUUUGUGUUUUUACAAACUAGGGCAGCGUUUGAAAUUCUCCUCACGUGAACAUGCAUUGUUUUCCAAACAAGCAAUGAGGUUUUGAAAUGCAAAUAAACCGCAUUGCUUCCCACUGGAUAUCUGCUUAAGUGUCUCACCCUCGCUGAUUCUCUGCUAUAAUUGCUUUCCAUAAAUAUAAUCACCUUCUGUGAAAGGGUGGAUGGUAAAUGGUGUCCCACAAUGGGCUGCCUUGGUUCUGAAUUUGGAAAGGUUGUACUUUGGGUUAGGUAAUGAACUUUGGGUCUGGUUAGUGUUGGAGUAAGGAUUCUUAGCUAGUUAGUUUAGAAUGUCUCCUGAGUUCUUUGUGCCGGUUUGUGUUUUUAUUUUUACCCUGGAGCACUUUCUUCUCUUCGCCAAGCAUCUCCCUUUAUUUCCCAUUGAUAGAUGAGGUUGAAAUAUUGGUCUCUGGCAUCUACCCAAUGAUGAAGAAUUCCUUGCAUUGUUCUGGCUCAUGUUGUGCACAGUGAUGAGAUUUGGUGUCCGUACACAGUGUAUUUGUUGGCUCUUGCAGCCUGCACAUCUGAGGCCUCUUUCCUGUUAGAUGAGGAUGUAAGAGUUUUAGCAUUCACUUGCUGUAUUGAUCAGCUCUAAUAAAGGUCUCCAUUAUUUAUAACCACUAAGUGCGGCAAAGAAAUUAUUUGAUCUAGCAGUCAUUACUGGAUAUAUAAACCUCUUAACGCUUUUGCAGGAAUUAUUUCAUUUGGUUUUCUACUGAUGUAGGGUACGAGGAAGCAGAGGCAGGCAAAUGGUAUUUUAUUCCUUUAGGGUCGGCUCUUCUCUGAUAGAUGUGUGUAUAAUCAUCCUAGGAUUUUCCUUUUUUCACCUAGCUGUACGGCCUCGUCUCCUUAUUCUCCCCGCCUGAGACAGGGUGUAAAAACACUCUCCUAACCAUAGAAACUGAUUCUCACUGAUUUUGUUCCCCUUUUCCUCUUUCCCCCCCUCUAUACUGGACGCAGCUUUGGAAAUCAAACCAGGAACUUCCGCCUCUACCAUGAUGGGAAACACUUUGUCGGGGAGAAGCGCUUUGAAUCCAUCCACGACCUUGUGACAGAUGGGCUGAUCACGCUCUACAUCGAGACCAAGGCAGCAGAGUACAUCGCUAAGAUGACCAUCAACCCAAUCUAUGAGCACAUUGGCUACACAACACUCAACAAGGAGCCCACGCUGAAGAAACACUUGCCCGUGUGCCAGGAGGUUCCCGAUGGGCCUGCGCCACAGGGAGAGCGGGGUGACAAGGAGGAAGGGGUAAGGAACACUCUCACACUGUCCUGA